CUAAAUCCAAACGCACAAGGCGAGUUCGACGAAGCGGCGUUGAAAUUAAACGGCGGCGUGCAGACGUCCUGCGUAUUCCCACACGCAGGAGCCGCGUGAUGAGCGCGGGAUAACCAAUGGAUGAUUCGCACCAUUCCGGAGUAAGGAUUCACGGUGGCGUCGCUCCGUCGUCGGUAUCGAGCGAAUUCUCCGACGCGCGCACCGCGCCGCGCCGGUUCUCCUCGCUUCGCCCUCACGUCUCUCUACCCUCGCGUCUCUCAACUCCCUCACCAGCGGUGGCUUCGGUUGAGACCUCGCCACCGACGAACGCCCAGUAAAGCGCGAAAGCUUGGUGAGGGAGCAUCGUGGAGCAUCGCUUUGACAGAGGCAUCGACAAUUAAUUAAAAAAGAGAGAGAGAGAGAGAAAGAGGAGACACAUCGCGAAUAAGUAAAUUCAGCGGACAGAGUGUACGACGUCGUCGCCACUCGGUCGAACGAGAAACGAGAGGAGAGCCGACGAGAGAUCGAGAAUAGCACGCAACAGAGGGAAAGGAGCGAGCGCGCUGAUAGGGUGGUAAGAGGAGACAGCAGCGGCCGGUCCCGGAAGUGGAGGACAGUGGUCGGACGGGGAGAGGAAGAGGUUGCGAGUAGACGAAGACGUGGACGAAAGACGCGAGGACAGCAGCUGCGAGAAGGCGCGAACGGCGGUGGUUACAUUGAAAAGUAGCGGCGUGGUGUCAUGAGAGGCGGUCUCACGGUCCGCCCUUCUUAUCGGUCCCUCCAAGAGUCAUGCAUGUCGCGCCCCUCAAACGAGCUACCGUGGGACAUGAUCCGCAGACGAGCAACGGCGGUCAGCCACAACUGCAGCAACAGCAACUACAAUCGGGGGGUUGGUUGGGAGGUGGCACCGGUGACACUAGCGGAGGAUUGGUCUGCCGAUCUGGCAAAUUGGUCAACGGCAGCAGCAACGGCAGAUCGUCGUUACACCAUCCUCAACAGCAACAGCGUCAACAGCAACAGCAGCAGCAACAAAAAGAAGGCCAAUCUGGGGGUGUGGGGGAUGACGAAGACGGGGGUGGAGGGAGCGGAGGGCUGGAGGGGACGGAUGCAGAGGCGAACGACGCUGUUCACCUCAAGAGACGGGUGGGACUCGUCAGUGGGGUGGCUCUAAUCGUCGGCACGAUGAUCGGCUCCGGGAUCUUCGUGUCACCGUCGGGUCUGCUGUUGCGUACCGGCAGCGUCGGCAUCAGUUUCGUCGUGUGGACCGCGUGCGGUCUGCUGAGUCUCUGCGGUGCCCUCGCCUACGCCGAGCUGGGCACCAUGAAUACGAGCAGCGGUGCCGAGUACGCGUACUUCAUGGACGCGUUCGGCGCUCCGCCUGCCUUCCUUUUCUCCUGGGUGUCCACCCUGGUGCUCAAGCCGUCGCAGAUGGCGAUCAUCUGCCUGUCGUUCGCCCAGUACACCGUUGAGGCGUUCACCGUCGACUGCGAGCCGCCCGAUCAGGUGGUCAAGAUCGUUGCUCUGCUGGCGAUCGUUCUGAUACUUUUGAUCAACUGUUACAGCGUCAAUCUGGCUACCGGCGUGCAGAACGCUUUCACUGCCGCCAAACUGAUGGCCAUACUCGUGGUAAUAAUCGGCGGCUCGUACAAAUUGAUACAAGGUAACACGCAGCAUUUGCAAACGGCGUUCGAUACCAUCGACGGCAGCACCAUCAACAUCGGUCGCCUCGCCACCGCUUUCUACACCGGCCUCUGGGCAUACGAUGGCUGGAACAAUCUCAAUUACGUGACCGAAGAGAUCAAAAACCCUUCCAAGAAUCUACCCAGGUCCAUUAUGAUCGGUAUACCGCUCGUCACGCUCUGCUACGCGCUCAUCAACAUAUCCUACCUGGCGGUCAUGUCACCGUCAGAAAUGAUCGAGAGCGAGGCAGUGGCAGUGACGUUCGGUAAUCGGAUUCUGGGCGUGAUGGCAUGGUUCAUGCCACUCUCUGUAGCGAUCAGUACUUUCGGGUCCGCUAACGGCACCCUAUUCGCCGCGGGCAGGCUCUGCUUCGCUGCGUCGCGAGAGGGUCAUCUGCUCGACUGCUUAAGCUACGUGCACGUGCGACGCUUUACUCCUGCCCCAGGCCUCAUCUUCCAUUCCCUCGUAGCAGGCGCGAUGGUUCUCUCCGGUAACAUCGACUCUCUGAUCGACUUCUUCUCAUUCACCGCAUGGAUAUUCUACGGCGGCUCGAUGGUCGCCUUGCUGGUGAUGCGGAGGACCAGACCCAACCAUCCGCGACCGUACAAAUGCCCGCUAGUGAUACCUGUGCUUGUGCUCGUCAUCUCCGCAUAUCUCAUAGUGGCGCCGAUUAUUGACAAGCCCCAGAUCGAGUACCUGUACGCGGCUGGCUUUAUUGGUGCGGGCAUGCUCGUCUACCUCCCGUUCGUAAAGUUUGGAUAUGUGCCCAAAUUCAUGGAAGGUGUCAAUGCCUUCCUGCAGAUGUUACUAGAGGUGGCUCCAACGGCGGUUGCCUUCGACUGAUUUCAUUUCGAGAGAUCAACUUACAGUUCUCCAAAAUGCCGAAUCAUUCCAUUAUGGCAUUGUGUGAACUGUAUGCAUAUUUGAAUACACCCUAUUUUAAAUACAUGCAGACAAGAGCGUUAUAUUCUAUAUGUACUACAAAGCUCAAGGCUGGCCCAAAAAUUAAUCCAUAUAAAAAAAGGCAUAUAUAUUAUAUAAAAAUAUAUUAUUUUAUUACUUGUUAUUCUUCAUACAUAGUAUACAAUAUGCAGAAGAGAUAUUAUUGUUAGACAAUAGAUAGUUGAUGUUGUAAUGAGAAAGCGAUGAAUCAACAAAAAAAUAUUUUAAAUGUUUGCAGUUACAAA